CUUUCCCUUCUGACUCAGAAACAUGCUCCCCAUCCUACCUCUCUUCCUCAUCGUUUCCAUCUCCUACCUCGUCUACACGUUCCUUAUUACCCCCUUCUUCCUCUCCCCUCUCCGCCACCUGCCCGCCGCCCACUGGACUGCUCGCUACUCCUCGCUAUGGAUAAACCUUCAACGGUACCGCAGCCAUGAGAAUGCGGCGAUCUGGGGUGCUCACAGACAUCUUGGACCGAUUGUUCAAUUGGGGCCCAACGAGGUCAGUGUGAAUUGUAUUCAGGGGGGUUUGCGAGAGGUGUAUGCGGGCGGGAUGGAAAAGCCGCCUGGCGAGGCGGGGUUUUAUAACUUCUUUCAGAAUUUUGGCAUCCCUAAUAUGUUCUCCACCUCCCCCACCCGCCCCCACUCGCACCGCAAACGCCUCAUCAGCAGCCUCUACAGCAAAACCACCCUCGCCACCUCGCCCGCGCUCGCCGCCCAAACCUCCCUCAUCCUCUACACCCGCCUCCUGCCCGCCCUCUCCGCCACCCAACCCACCGGCGGCACGCUCAACAUCUACGCCCUCCUCAGCGCCGCCACCAUGGACAUCGUCACCGCCUACCUCUUCGGCCUGCGCGCCUCCUCCACCUUCCUCCUCGACCCCGCCGCGCGCGACCGCUUCCUGGGCUGGUACACCUCGCGCCACGGCUUCAGCUUCUGGGGUCAGGAGCACCCGACCCUCAGCGCGUGGGUGCAUCGCUUCCUCGGCAUCCGCCUCUCGCCCGCGUUCGUGGGCGAGGCGAACGCGGCGAUCGAGGCGUGGGCGCUGGAGAUGUGCGACACCGCCGCGCAAGCUAGCAGCCCUCGCACGAUUGGAAACGAGAAGGAAAAGGGGGAGGGGCAAGGGGUCGCAGACACGCCGACCGUGUACGCGACGCUGUACGCCGCCGUCGCCACCCCACCCCCUUCGUCCAAGGAAGCGGUGGUAGCCGUGGACCGCACCGCGCAUCUGACCACCGCGUCCGAGCUGCUCGACCACUUCGCGGCGGGCUUCGACACGAGCGGCAUCACGCUGGCGUACGCGGUCCACGAGCUCUCCUCGCGGCCGGCGCUGCAGGCUGCGCUGCGCGCGGAGUUGCUGGGGCUAGAGCCGCCGAUCAUCCCGGCGUCUGCGCCUGCGCUGCCGAGCGCGAAGGCUGUGGAUGCGCUGCUGCUGCUGCACGCGGUCGUGUGGGAGACGCUGCGGCUGCAUCCUGCGAUUCCGGGGCCGCAGCCGCGGGUCACGCCGGCGGGGGGGUGCAGGUUGGGGCCCGAGGGGGUGUGGGUGCCGGGGGGCGUGAGGGUGAGCGCGAGCGCGGGGUUGUUGCAUGCGGAGGAGAGCGUGUUUGAGCGGGCGGGGGAGUGGAGGCCGGAGCGGUGGGCGGAGGAGGGGACGGAGAGGAGGCGGGAGAUGGAUCGGUGGUUUUGGGCGUUUGGGAGUGGGGGGCGGAUGUGUGUUGGGAAGCAUUUGGCUAUUCAUCAAAUGAAACACAUCCUCGCGGCCAUCUACUCGAAUUUCACCACUAGCAUCGUCAACGACGAGGGGAUCGAGCAGCGCGAUGCGUAUACGGCGCCGCCGACGAGCGAUGAGCUGAUCAUCACGUUGGUGCCUGUGUCUGCGGGCUAGUGCAGUGCUGCUUUAGAGAGUCUGUCAGUCCGUCAGUUAGGCAGUGCCACAGUCGGUGGAUCAGUGUGAAGCGUCUGUUACUAGUAUACAAGCAUCUCUUUGUCCGGAGGUGACACUGAGACGGUCAGUGCAAUAGCGUUGGCGGUAACCAUCAGCUGAUAGACAAAUGGGAAGUGGAGCAUAGCAGAUGAUGAAAUGGAUGAUAAAAAUAGGCAUUCAGAUUACUAUUCCUGGAUUGAGUAGGUGUGCUAUGCGUCUUUUCUAAGAGAAGGAAUGCAUCUAAAUAUCCAGAAAAGCCAUGCGUGAUGUCAAUGACAGGUCUCUAGACUCCCAU